AUACACAAUUAGCGAUGAAUGAGAAGAAUGUGUUGACGAGCGCCGGGCUAUACAUCGAUGAGUCCAACAGAAUCCGUAUAAUAGACCCGGAAUUGUCUGAUAAGACCAUUGAAUUGAAGACCGAGAGCACGGAAUUCACUGAAAAGACACAACUGUUCCAGAAGAUUGUGGACAACUUCGUGGCAAUCAUUGAGAAUUUAGCCCAAAGGGUGGAAACGGAGAAAAUUAAA